AUGACUCAACUCAACGAGCCUAUCGCGGUCAUUGGAAGUGGCUGUCGAUUCCCCGGAGAAGCGACGUCGCCCUCCAAACUUUGGGAGCUCUUGCAUCAACCGCGUGAUGUCCUGUCAAAAAUUGACAGGUUCAAGGCGGAGAAUUUCUACAACGUCGAUGGCCAUCACCAUGGCGCAAGCAAUGUUCGCGAGUCCUAUUUUCUCUCAGAGGACCCCCGCGCCUUUGACGCCCACUUCUUUAGUAUCCAGGGAGGAGAGGCAGACUGUAUUGAUCCGCAACAGCGCUUACUGCUUGAGACUAUCUACGAGUCUCUCGAGUCCGCUGGCCAAACAAUCGAAGCCUUGCAAGGAUCGCCAACCGCAGUGUAUGUCGGUGUGAUGUGCGAUGACUACGCCGAGAUCGUGUAUCACGAUACGGAGUCAAUUCCGACCUAUGCUGCAACUGGUAGUGCCCGCAGCAUUAUGUCGAACCGAAUCUCCUACUUUUUUGACUGGAAGGGUCCGUCAAUGACUAUUGACACUGCCUGUUCCUCCAGUCUGGUCGCCGUCCACCAGGCUGCUCAAGUCCUCAGGAGUGGCGAGUCUCGCGUUGCAGUCGCUGCUGGGGCAAAUCUCAUCUUCGGACCCAAGAUGUACAUUGCCGAAAGCAACCUCAAUAUGUUGUCCCCAACGGGCCGCUCUCGAAUGUGGGACGCCAAUGCGGAUGGCUAUGCACGAGGAGAGGGUAUUGCAGCUGUUGUACUCAAGACCCUCAGUGCUGCUAUCGCAGAUGGUGAUACCAUCGAAUGUUUGAUCCGAGAAACCGGUGUCAACCAAGACGGUCGCACCACUGGUAUUACUAUGCCAAGCUCCACAGCCCAGGCCAGUUUGAUCCGUCAGACUUACGCCAGAGCUGGCUUGGACCUGGCGAAGCAGGCUGAUCGACCUCAAUUUUUCGAAGCUCACGGUACCGGUACUAAGGCCGGUGACCCCCAGGAGGCGAGAGCCAUUCACGAGGCCUUCUUCUCUCAGGAGGACACCACGGAUGCCAACGAGACUCUCUUUGUCGGCUCUAUCAAGACUGUCAUUGGACAUACAGAGGGUACUGCUGGUAUCGCCGGCCUUCUGAAAGCGUCUAUGGCCAUCCGAAACAAGACUAUCCCUCCUAAUAUGCACUUCAACACUCUCAACCCCGACCUGGAGCCAUUCUAUGGCCAUUUGCAAGUGCCUACAGCGGCACAGGCAUGGCCUACGCUACCUGAGGGGGGUACCCGCAGGGCUAGUGUAAACAGCUUUGGAUUUGGUGGCACCAAUGCACACGCGAUCAUUGAGAACUAUGAGCCCAACGACACUUUUUCUAACGAGGUUAACAAGCAGGACUCUACCGUCGCCACUCCGUUUACCUUCUCAGCGAUUUCGGAGAAAUCUCUCAUAUCCCAGCUCCAGACUUACGUUGCUUUCUUGCGCGGAAACGUCGGCUUCAACCUUAGAGAUAUGUCUUUGACGCUGUCUCGACGAUCGGCGUUUCCUUUCCGAGCAUCAUUCUCCGCCCUUACCGCAGAAAAUCUUGCUUCCAAAAUCGAAGCUAAACUCGAGGAGAAAUCUUCCGGAUCUGCUUCCAUUGCGACUCGACCAAUCACGAAGCAUCGCGGAAUCUUGGGUGUCUUUACUGGCCAAGGUGCCCAAUGGGCUACUAUGGGUAAAGAGCUUAUCUUGGCGUCAAGGUUCGCUGAGAGCAUCGUCGAUGAGCUUGAAAGGUCCCUGGCAGAGCUCCCAGAGGUAGACCGUCCCUCCUGGUCUCUCAAGACUGAAAUGCUUGCUCCAGCAACAUCGUCUCGCCUUAACAAGGGGGAGUUCUCGCAGCCUCUGUGCACAGCAGUACAGGUCGUCCUAGUGGACCUUCUCCGCCAGGCUGGUAUCGAAUUCGAUAAUGUUGUCGGUCACUCCAGUGGAGAGAUUGCCGCCGCUUACGCAGCCGGUUUCAUAUGUGCGCGUGACGCAAUCCGCAUUGCCUACUACAGAGGCGUGUACAGCAAACUUGCUCGCGGCCCUGACAACGAAUCUGGCGCUAUGCUUGCAGUAGGAACAUCCAUGGAGGACGCCGGCGAACUCUGCGCCCUUCCCGAAUUCGAAGGAAAGCUACAAGUCGCCGCCAGUAACUCGUCAGCAAGCGUUACUUUGUCCGGUAACGCAGAAGCUGUGGAGCAGGCCAAGGAAAUUCUGGAAGACGAAGGCAAGUUCGCCAGGCUCUUGAAGGUUGACACGGCAUACCAUUCUCAUCACAUGCAUCCUUGUUCUGGUCCUUACCAACGUUCUUUGGAACAUUGCAAGAUCGAUAUUAAGACUCCGUCUGGGUCUUGUUCUUGGUUCUCCUCUGUGCUUGGUGGCCAGAAAAUGGACAUGCAGAACGUCGAUGAUCUUAAAGCCGUCUACUGGAUGAACAAUAUGCUCAAGCCGGUCUUAUUCUCCCAGGCUGUCGAGGCUGCCGUCGCCGACGGUAGAGCUCCUGCAAUCGCUUUAGAAGUUGGGCCGCAUCCUGCACUGAAAGGCCCUGCAAUGAUGACCGUCGAAGACGUCGUUGGUAAUCCCGUUCCAUACUCCGGAGUCUUGAGUCGAGGGAACAAUGACGUUGAAGCUUUCUCGGAUGGCCUAGGGUUUGUUUGGAGCACUCUCGGGCCCGCCGUCGUCGACUUCACGAGCUACGACAAGUUGUUCAGCGAAGGGGCUCGAGACACGUUGUCGAAGAACUUGCCGUCUUAUACUUGGGACCAUGAGCGGACUUAUUGGAAUGAGGCCCGAGAAUCGAAAGCCAUUCGCCUGCGAGAAGAUGCGACGCACGAGCUAUUAGGUGUUAGGACUGCUGACAAUACGGAAGGCGAGUACCGCUGGAGGAACUUCCUCAAACCGACAGAAAUGCCUUGGCUCCGAGGUCAUCAGAUACAAGGCCAGACACUCUUCCCAGCUGCAGGAUUCGCUGCAAUGGCGAUUGAAUCGUCAAGAGUACUUGCGCCCAGCGAAGAAGUUCGCUUGAUUGAACUUCGUGAGUUCAGCAUCCAUAGGGCUUUGGCAUUUUACGACGAGGCAGCUGGCGUUGAGACCAUAUUCAGUCUCACCAAUGUUACGACGGACAACAGCAACAAUGAGAGAUCUGUCUUCGCCGACUUUUCCUGUUUUGCUUGCCAGAACAAAGAUUCAGGCAAUCUCACGUCCAUGGCCAGUGGACAGCUCAAAUUGUGUCUUGGGGAGCCUUCUGUUGUCGCAUUGCCUGAACGACCUCCACCAGGCGUCAACUUCGCGGAUGUCGACACAGAUCUGUUCUACACCCAUUUGACCAACCUUGGCUACAACUACAGCGAGAUCUUCCGCGCCAUAACUUCGCUGAAAAGGACAACAGACGCAGCGAACGGUAUCAUACACAGUGCUGCGAAUCCUGAUGCACCAAGCCCGUUCACUCUCCACCCUGCAACGCUAGAUGUAGCGUUCCAAUCAGUAUUCGCCGCCAUCGGAUCUCCAGGUGACGGCAGGCUCUGGACAAUUCAUGUUCCCACCAUGAUCAACAAGAUCUCGAUCAACCCAUUCGCCUGCCCACCAGGAGCAGGACUUGGAGUUAGCCUGCCUUUCGAUGCGUCUUUGUCAGCCUCAGUCGCUGAUGGGAUCUCUGGCGACGUGGACAUCUACGAUGAAAGCGGCAUUAAUGCCAUUGUUCAAGUCGAAGGCCUCCAUGUGACACCUCUUACAACGCCUACCGCAGUUGACGACAAACAAAUCUUUGCUGAGACCAUCUGGAAUGUCGCUGAACCGGAUGGCGAGGUAGGCUUCAAAGAGUGGACUCUGAAUGAUGUUGAGGAGACCGGAUCUCUCUUGGUUGAACGUACCUGUCUCUUCUACAUGAAGAAGUUGCAUGAUACGAUCACCGCAAAGGAGCGCGAAAAGUGUGACUGGCACCAAACGAGGGUCUUGAACUGGGCUGCUCACACAGUCCAGCUCACCUCUGAAGGCAGACACCCGACUUGCAAGAAGGAGUGGCUCAAUGAUACACAUGAUGAGCUCCACGCACAAAUCACUGAGUAA